UGUCACAAAGCCACACCUCCCCCUUUGACCGUAACUGAUGGGGAACAGAUUCGGGGUGCGAGCGGGGAACUGAGAGGUCUGGGUCUUAAUUUGAACGUUGAGAUCGCAUCUGAUGUUGGAGUGAUGAAGAAGAUCAGCUCAGUGUUCUCCUCUUUACAGGACAAACUGCACAGAGACAGUGAGAAGAAGACGUCACCCCCUCCCACAGACGCUCCGCCCUCUUCUGAGUACACACAUGCAUUCGGACGGCCGCCGUUCUUCGAGUACCUGGUGGUGGUGAGUGUGAGGAAGAGGAGCCGGGGUGAUGGUUACGAGCCACAGGUCAUCUAUCAGUUCCCCAGAGCCACCAGCCAAUCACAGCGCAAGGAGGAGGAGCUCUGCCUACAGGCCAUCACACUCUUCUGCUUCCCAGAGGGGGUCAAUUGGGCCCCGCUAACAGAGUACCACAGUGAGACAUUCUCGUUCGUCCUGACUGAGAUAGAUGGCAGCAGGAGGAAUGGUUACUGCAGGAGACUGCUGCCACUAGGGAAAGGAGCACGCCCCCCAGAGGCCUACUGCAUCAUCAGCACCCUCGCCUGCUUCAGCCUCUUCUCUAAGAUCUUUGACGAGGUGGAGAAAAGGCGUCAGAUCUCCAUGGCAAUGAUUUAUCCUUUCAUGCAGAGUCUCAGAGAAACGCCAUUUCCUGCACCGGGAAAAACUGUUACAAUCAAGAGCUUCAUCCCCGAGUCUGGGACAGAGAUUAUCAGUCUGACUCGGCCGGUGGACUCGUGGUUGGAGCACGUUGAAUUUCGCUCGUUGUUCCUGUACUUAUCGGACGAGGAAGUUCUGCAGGUUUUUGCUGCUGUUGUGCUGGAACGACGAAUCAUCUUCAUCGCUGAGGAGCUCAGCACUCUCUCUCAGGUGUUACACGCCGUUGCUGCUUUGCUCUACCCCUUCAUCUGGCAGCACACGUUCAUCUCCAUCGUCCCUAAAGUUCUCCUCGAGGUGUAUUUAGCUCCGACACCGUACCUCCUCGGCAUCCAGAGGAACCUGCUGCACCUUCUCACCGAGCACACUGACCUGCUUAUCGUUGACCUGACCAGCCAAUCAGAGAGCAAGUUCAUCACCAGAAUUGGAGACGAAGACACACUGAUCCCGAGCAGACUGCAGGAGGAGCUGCUACAGGAUCUCUGCAAACGCAAACACAAUACUACUACAGAGGAGCUGAACAGCGUGGUGUCUGAAGCCUUUCUCAGCUUCUUCGUGAAAACUGUCGGACAUUUUGCGGAUCACAUCAAGCGUCUGGGAGGAAACAAGCAGCCGAGAACAUUCCAGAAAAAGAGUUUCCUCAAAGCUGUGCAGCCGAAGGAGAACCAGAACUUUGUCCAACAGUUCGUCCAGACGCAGAUGUUUGACUUGUUCAUCCAGGAGGAGGAGAAACACCACAACCAGGAAGGAUUUUUCUAUAAGAAAAUUGUUGAGUUCCAGCAGAGGAGGAAGGAGCGAUUAAGGAGAGGAGGAAUUAAAGGGCUUGUCGUGUGAAAGAGUGUGUGUGUGUUUUAAACUCUGUUCAUUAAAGCACAUGCACAGCAUAC